GGAUUAAUUGGCUCGAUAUGGGUCCAGGGCCGCACCUUGGCUUUGCAACCAUUUCCACAGACACAGGCCACAAUUCCGCAACAGCAGACAUCACUUGGGCGCUGAACAACAUCGAUAAGAAGUCGGACUGGGGCUGGCGCGCGAUUCAUGGGAGCGUACAGCUCGGCAAGAAGCUGACUGAGGCUUACUACGGUUCGCCCGUCCGGUACUCGUACUACAGCGGGUGCUCGACGGGUGGUCGACAAGGGCUCAAAGAAAUACAAACGUCUCCUGAUAGCUUCGACGGCGCCCUUAUUGGCGCUGCAGCUUGGUACACUAGCCAUAUCAACAACUACGUAGUCAAGCUGGGCAUGUACAACUUGCCCGUGACCGACCCAAAACAUAUUCCACUCGCGCUCUUUUCGGUCCUUUGGGCCGAGGUGAUCCGCCAAUGCGAUGGAAUUGACGGGGUCGUUGAUUACAUCGUGAGCAGUCCCGAGCUAUGCAAGUUUGACUAUACCCCAAUACGCUGCAAAGGCUCCCCUUCCUCAAGCUGCUUCACAGACGCCCAGAUUGGCACUGCCAAGAAGAUCUACGGUGACUGGUACUCCUCAGAGGAUGGCCGGUGGCUGGCUGAUGGUCUCACUUACAGCUCAGAGGAUCAAUGGUACCUCUACCUUAAUGGCACCGCCCCGCAGGCCUUUGGGGUGGAAUACGUACAGAACUUCCUCCUCAACGAUCCCAACUGGGACUGGACCACCUUCAACGACAGCCUCGUCACUUAUGCAGAGCAGCACGAUCCUGGCAAUUCAACAGCCGAUCAGGUCAACAUAUCUCCUUUCAAAGACCGUGGCGGAAAAAUCAUCAUGUACCAUGGUCAGUCCGACGGCAUUGUGCCCACCAAAAACUCGGAGACGUACUAUAACCGCACCAUCGACUACUUUGGUGGUCUAGAAACCACCACAGACUUUUUCCGCCUAUUUCUCAUUCCAGGUAUGCAGCACUGUGGUUUGACGUCGGUAGGCGCGCCGUGGAAUAUUGGUGCUGCCUCUCAGUCUACCACUAUGGCGACGAACAUGUGGUCAGUUCCGGGAUUCUCAGACAAGAAACAUGACGCGCUGUUGGCCUUGGUGGACUGGGUUGAAAAUGGGAAUGCCGUAGACCAAAUUGUUGCGACAAGCUGGAACAGCCUCUUAAAUCCUUAUUCGGGUGUGUAUGCGCAACGGCCCCUUUGUCCCUGGCCAAAGAAGGCAAAGUAUAACGGUGUGGGCUAUGUGAAUGCUGCACAGAGUUGGUCGUGUGCAUGAAGGUGGUAUGUAUAGGAUCCAAUAUACGCCAGGACACAACUUUCUAUUGUUGUGUGCACAAAGCGUUCCGGAAAAGAUUUUGGGGUUCAAGAAAAUUACAUGUAGUCUUAGCUUCGAGUUGUCUGUUUAAUGUACCCCGUUGAAGACUGAAUUGAUACUAUCGAGACGCUUUAAAUGACAGAAUGGGCCAAUUUACGGCUGGG